GCCAUGAUUAGUGAUUUGUUUGUGUUUUCUCGGGGAUAAUCGCUUUUAAUCGGACAUAAACAAUACUGAAAGGUGGAGAGAAUAAAGCUGUGAUUCCGCGGAGUAUGGAGUUCCCGGGAGCCAAUGACAGCUACCUGUCAAUCAGCGGAGAGGGUCAUCACUUCCUGUCCUCCUCAGAGACGUUUCACACGCCGAGUCUGGGCGAUGAGGAGUUCGAGAUCCCGCCGAUCUCCCUGGACCCGGACUCGGCUCUGAGCGUGUCGGAUGUGGUUUCUCAUUUCGGGGAUCUGGCGGACGGCGGCUCGUCCCCCGGUGUGUCUGCAGACGCUGUGGUCGGAGGAAACGACCCAUCCUUCGCCUCCACCUUCAUCAGCGCUCCGUCACAAACCCUGCAGCACCUGAGUCUGAUGGGCCAGCAGAGCGGCGGCCCCCUGCUCACCUCCACACUGGACCUCGGCCACCCGAUUGGUUCUCAGUUCAGCAGCUCUUCUCCAAUGACCAUCGACGUCCCACUAAGCGACAUGAACCACAGCCUCUUGGGACACAAUCAGCUGACCACCAUCGACCAAUCGGAGCUCAGCGCACAGCUUGGCCUCAAUCUGGGGGGUGGAGCCAUCCUGCCCCAUUCACAGUCUCCCGAACAAUCGAUGUCAGCCACCGGCUCGCCAUCUGAUUCGCUACACGAUGAUGACAUGGACGACUUCAGACGGAGUGUGCUGGUGGACUCUCCGGUCUCUCUCUCCGUGUCGUCUGCAGUUCUCUCGGUCUCUCCAUCUCUGCCGGAUCAGCCAGUUUUCCCAGCAAGCUCUGCUGUUCCUGUCCGCAAACCAGCAGGGGGGAAGAAGGGCCGUAAGAAGAAGGACCCGAAUGAGCCGCAGAAGCCUGUCUCCGCAUAUGCGCUCUUCUUCCGGGACACACAGGCCGCCAUCAAAGGCCAGAACCCCAACGCCACCUUCGGGGAGGUGUCCAAGAUCGUGGCCUCCAUGUGGGACAGUCUGGGGGAGGAGCAGAAGCAGGUGUAUAAGAGGAAGGCAGAAGCAGCCAAGACGGAGUAUCUGAAGGCCCUGGCGGCGUAUAAAGCUGAGCAGCUCUCUCAGCCGACUAUAGAGGUGUUGGACGCUCCUCCAUCUCCUCCACCAGCUGCUCCUCCAGCUGCUCCUCCUCCGACACCGCAGCAUCGCUCCUCCCGCAUCCCGGUGCACGCGCCCAACAACAACACCAUCACCAACAUCUGCACCUCCAACAUCAUCCUGGACGUCCCGCAGGUGACGACGCGCUCCCGCACCGGCGCCCACAAACCCCCGGCUCCGCCUCCAGCCCCGCCCCCGCCCACCGUCACCAAGAUCAUCAUCUCCAAGCAGCACCUGCAGGCUCAGCGGGCACCCCCGCCCCUCCAGCAGAUGCAGGCCACGCCCCCUCCACCCCGCCUCCAGCAGAUGCAGGCUCCGCCCCCUCUGCAGGCCAAACCACGACAGACGCUCGCUAGCGCUCCUCCGCCAUUGCAGAUCAAGAUCCUUCCAGCAGCGCCGCAGAGCGAGCGCAGACUACCCAUAAUCCUCGGCGCUGGAGAGGAGCACUCGCCUGCAGAGGCAGUGAUGGACACACCGUCUCCAUCUGCAGCAGACGAUCUGGCUGAAGACGCGGUGUGUGUGCGUGCCGCGCGCUGCUUCAGAGACGUGUUCAUGGCCUGGUGUGCCAUCAGAGGACAGAACUCCACCACCGUCACAUAAACACACACACACACACACACACAGGAGGACAGAUGGACAAACUUGUGUGUGAAUAACAACAACAACAGCUCCAACAUCAGGGAGAAGAGCGUCAGACUCACAGACACUGAGGACAGAGAGAGAGGGUGUGUGUGUGUGUGUGUGUGUGUGUGUGAAUCAGUGUGUAUGUGGGGGGUGGAUCAAGUAUUUUAAAAGAGAGGGUGUGUGUGGUUCAGGGAGUGUUUAUAGUGUGUGUGUGUGUGUGUGUGUGUGUGUGUGUGUGUGUGUGUGUGUUUGAAUGAGUAGAACAGGGAGUGUUUAAAGAGAGAGUGUGUGUGUGUGUGUGUGUGUGUGUGUGUGUGUGUGUGUGUGUGUGUAUGGAUACGCAUGGAAAGAGGAGUAUUUAAUAUUGCCUGUGUGUGUGUGCGUGCGUGUGUUUCUUAAGCUAAUAAUGAGCAGACUUUUCUGCGCGAUGACGUAACUGGACUUAGGAUCUGCCUCCAUCUUGCUUUUAUCGUAACGAGUUUCCAUGGUAACAGCAGUUUACCGCCAAACCUCCAUCACGAGUGUGUCAUCACUGCUGCAGUAUCGGUCAUGAUGACGGAGAGCCCUGAUUCAGUCACUGCAGAACUCCACUUAAGUCUGCGCAGAUCUACUGCGGUGAGUCACUGUAGUGCUACUCUGGAGCACCCUCUGCAUCACCGCCACUCUCUGCUGACCGGGAAACACUGCUGCUCACUACGGGGAAUGUUUCGUACAGGAGUUUUCUAAUGUUUUCUGAGCUUUACUGUGACACAAUAGCUGAGAGGAUUAAUAUUGGGGGAAUGUACAGAACAACACGUCUGACUGCUCUGGAUAAUGAUUAUUUUAUGUUUUGGAUUGUUUUACUAAUGAUUAUUUUAUGUUUUGGAUUGUUUUGCAUCAGCUCAGCUCUCUUAUUCUGAUGAGGUGAACGAUCGAUCAGCUGAAAAUAAACAGAAGAUUAAUGAA